AGACCAGACGAUGGCCGGAGUGGUUAUUUGGGGGUUGCUUGGAUAUUUUGGGUACAAUUAUUAUCAUAACUGGAGGAAGGCGGCAGCAAAGGAGAACGUUCCACGGAUGAAUCCAAACGGAAAUGAAUGGCAAGAUGACGAAACAAUAUGGAUCACGAAACGUUUCAUCUACGCAAGGCUGGUCUAUGGGAUAUAUGACAGGUUCAAACGUGCAGAAAGAUACGAGGAAUGGUGGACCGCUAUGCAGUAUCAACGCGUGAAACUUGCAGCAGUAUUGUCUGAGGACGAGCAGGAGGUGUAUAAAGAUGCACUCCAGUAUGAAAGAACGCACAAGUACUUCGGUGUCUUCCAACUAACGACGAACAGUCCUCCAGCCAAUGCUCUAAAAUGGGUAGUUGCCAUCCGGGGAACUGACUUCUCCAGGACGGCAGAUCUCCUAAACAAUUUGAGUAUAGUUUUUGAGCAGCUGAACAGUGCACAGUUGACCACCAUUGUGGAGGUUGUGGUCCGGCGUCUCGUUGCGCAACAUGGGUACCAGAGCGUGGGCGUGACCGGUCAUUCACUCGGUGCCGCAGUGGGCUUGCUGGUAUGCCGGAGGCUGGCCCUGGAGCGCUGUCUGGUCGAGGGCCACUUCUUCAAUCCUCCGUUCGCCCAUCUGAAAUCGCUGGUGCUACGUUUGACUCCCAUGGUAUUGCGGACCACGAUUGACGGCGUCGAGAAGUACGCGUACGAACUUCUCGAGGAAGACACCGACUUCGCGCGCCAAAGAGCAUUACAGGAAUUCCAGACCUUGGCCGAAGGCAAUUGGUAUCCGUAUCUCUAUGUGAACGAAUAUGAUUUCAUCUGCAAUCAGUAUCUCGAACACUUCGAGCACGGAGCCGCCGAUGAUGAUCGCGAGAAGUGUUUUCCUUUCGCUUAUUUGAAUACGAUAAGAAGAGAAAGGCACUUUUUCGCGCGCGUUACAGCACACAAGUUGCGGAUCUGGUUGAGAUCAGAUGUCCCAGGUCGCUUCGAGCAGGUUGAACUCAUCCAACGGCCUUAACUUGAAGGGCAUAGGCCCGCAGGCCGAAUAUUGAUUGGACCUUGCCAAGCUAAG